CAAUCUAAAAUGUUGACUUUUUAAACGCAAAACGUAGUUUGUGGUAUACUGUUUCAGCUGGUGUGAUUUUAGCUUGUUUGUUUGUGAUCUUGAUAGACCGGUAGUGUUGUUAUUUUUAUUUAAAGAUGUUGAAAUAAUGUCAAACAUGCAAGAAUUCACUGUAGGAUUGAAAGCUUCUCAUAUCACAUCUUACAGGUUUGUUACAUCAGAUUCAGAACAGACAAAAGCCCUGGAAAACAAUGGAUUUAAAGACAAAGGCUCUUAAUAGUAACAGUGUGAAACAGAGUUUGAGUAAAAUAAUCUGUGUAUGUAUAACAAAACAAUAACUUGAAUCACCUAAAUAUAUUGGUUAUAUAUAUAUAUACCCUUAAAAAUGGGGGGAAAUGUGUGAUCAUUUUGUCUGUGUUGUAAUAAUACUAUAACAUUCCAGCAUUCAGUUCAAAGUCUUUAUCAUACAAUGUCUGGUUUCACUCAGGGAAACUGAAAUUGUUUGAUCAGCCAUCUAAUGGGUGUUGUUAAGUCCUACAAUUGUUUUUAUAGUUUUGUAAUAGCCAGGAAUGACACAGCCAGGUGUAUAUCAUAGUGCCUACAACGAUGUAAUCAAUAUUAAUUCUACCUAUAAACAUGCUAUUUGAUAUCACAGUCACAUCUGAAUGAAGGAUUUCUGUGCAGUAAUCUUGCAUAGUUUUUGAUAACAGCUGUGAACUCUUGAAGUGGCCCUUAUGUUUUUAUUGCAAAAGCACAGUCUCAUGUGAGUUGGAAUGAGUGAAUGGAAGAAAGGAAGAGAGAUUUUUAUUGUCAUGCAGGUGCAGGUUUCCCUCCUUUCAUUGCUUUUUUUCACACUUGUGCGUGCUGUAUAGUUUUAUUAUGAAGGGGGUCAGCCUUGCUCUCACACUCACCUGUAACCUAAAAGGCCAAACACAGCUGACUUGUUAGCAGUAUAAAAGCACUCGUGUCUCUCCUCUGUGCACAAGCACCGAAUGAAACAUGGCGGUGAUGCUCACAAGUGUUUUACUUAUUUCAUUACACUUCAUUUUGCCCAUUUGGGGAAAUGUUUUGCGACUUCAGAAGAGAGACUGGGUGGCAAAUCCAUCUUCAAGCAUGGCAGAAGGUGAUGUGGAAUGUUUCUCUGAGUACAUGGAGCUUUGGAUCCAUAGAAUGAGAAUUGAGGGACUGAGGCUUUGGCUUUCUGGAAUAUUACGAAUUCAAGUGGGUUUGGUAUCCAUGGAGAAUCUGAACCAUCAGCUUUCUUCAUGUGGGUUUGCCCUGCACAGAGAUCUGGAAAAGAACUAUAUCUUCAGAGUCAUGUACAGUGGAUGUUUUGUCCAGUUAGAGCAUGGCAAUUAUAUGAUUGUGCUGAACCUGCUGAAGAGAGUAAGUCGUUUAGGAGGCAGGACUCAAAAGUUUCUGAUGAAGUGUCCAGCGGUGCUAGCGCCUCCAAACAGAGAGUACAUCAAGUGUGAUUCAGACUUCAUUCAGGUCACCAGAGAGAUCCCUGUGGAUAACUGGAAUAAUGAGCUCGACUGGUCUCUGGCCUUGAGUGGGAGUCUGGUGGUGGCUUUGGAGGAUUCCAGUCUUAUUCAAGUAAAUGUUGAAAUGCAUAAACCAAACAUAACAGUUCAGGGGAGGAGAGACACCAUCUUAACUCCUGUGCAGGUGUUCAAAUCUGAAGGACAUUUCUUACCUCUCAAACUGGUCAGUGGCCAUUAUGCCUACAGCAUGGAGGCGACCUGUCCAAAUGUGAACCAGUCAGCGUCUGAAGACACCGUGCUGCAUGUCUAUAAACGGCGUAUGGGUUUGACCAAAAGAGGUGGAUAUCAAAACGAGACCCUGUCAGUCAGCAGUGUGAUUCUGGAACAGACUGACACGUUCACCUGGUCAGAGACAAGUGACUUUGUGCAGCUUAUCAUUCCCACAUCCCACAUUCAGCAGAAAAGGGAGUGCAUUGGUCAGACAGGUGAGAAACUUCAGCAAAGUUUCUACAAGAUAGAUGCUGUUCUCACCUUUAAAGAGACAAAUCACAAAAUGCACUGGACUAUGGAAAACACCUCACCUUGUUCAGAGAGGUUAAAAUCACAGCUCCAUUUAAUGCGUGAUGAUCCACAAGAAGCUAAUGUGACUGAGGGGAUUACAGGCAAGCCAGAAGUUCCUGUUGGUUUAAACAAAGAGUUUACUCCUUCUGUGGCACCAGAGACUGUAUCCACAGCAUCACAGACUUCUGAUGAGGAAACCAGCAUAACCUCGGUACAGUCCCAACAACUUCAAACAACAGAGGCUCUUAGUACAUCAUUGAGUACUCCAACAUACACAGAGAUAAUGAUACAGAAGUAUUUGCAGCUCUAGUUUACUGCCAAAGAACAACAGAGAUCUCUGGAGAAGUUCAUCCGUGCAUCGUUGACAGUGAGGGGCCGCGAUGCAGGACGGAUGGAAAUGCAGGUACCAACUGCAGCACAUGUGCCAGUGAUUUUCCAAACAACACUAUUACUAUUGGUAGUCCAUUAAUCACAACAGAUGUAAUCACAGUUUGAAAUACAGCUACACAUUCAAGCGCCAUUUUCCCUCAGUCUGGGAUUUACAACACAACAGUCAAGUGGACCCAUGCAUCUUUUCCGUUGACAAGCGAAGUGCCGUUGGAAUCACACGUGGGGAAUGAUUACAUCAAAGACUGUGCUGGUCAUGCCAUUUAAAUACGAACUACUGUCUCAGAACUCCCUCAGCUGUGUGUGUCACAUCUCACAAAUAAAUGUGGUGUCUAGCAUUAAAAAAAUAGUUGCACAAUAUAGCCCUGUCGUUUCCCUGAAAAACAGAAAGUGCCUGGCAGUUUAGCAAAUGUAGCUCAAUACUUAGCUCUCUACUUUAUUUCCUAGAGCAUAAAAUUAGUAUCUUUAAUACAGCAUCUCUGGUUUUCCGUAAUCUGUGAUUAUAUACGCAGAUGUAUUUAGAGCUGUAAAGAUACUUUAUUACGUUGCUCUCCGGAAUACACUUUUCCCAUUUGUCAAUCACAACAUCCAUAUAUUGCUGCAUAUUAUUUUGAUAAUCAAAGUAGUGAAAAUGGUCUCGAAACUGGGUCUCCAUCAACUAUCAGUUAUUUUGACAUAAUAACAAUAGAAAACAAAAGAUUGAACACAAUUACUUCUUCACUCUUAAUUAGUUAUGUAUUUGGACAUUUAACAGUUAGGGCUAACACUGGCAUUAUUUUCAUAUCUCUUGUAUCACACUGCGACUCACUCUAACUUGUUUCUUACAAAUGCAACUGGCACCUUUUUGCGUCUCAAUUAUUGAUAUUAGUUCAAAUGAACCUAGUUAUAUUACUGUAAUGUUGUAGUGUUCAGUUUGUUGCUAUCCUGAUUGUUUUGUACUUCUUAAAUGAACUAUUUUCCAUGCAUUAUCCCUUUCAUAGAUUAUAUAUAGAUAUAUAUGGUAUAUUAAAUCCUGUAGGAUUCUUUCUGGAAAAAAAAGACAUGAUAUUAUGAAUGCUAUAUAACCUGGAUUAAUACACAAAGUGUUUAUUGAAUAAAACCAAUUUUUGUGUUCUGGAGAUGCCGUCUUGCUGAAUCCUGCCAUGUGGCAUCAGUCUACAACAUAAGAGAGUUUUUUAUUCAAGGAUGUGAUCUCGUAUUUUUAGCUGUCAUUUUUAAAUAUGCAUCUUGGUCUUUUUAGUUCCAGUAAAUGCAGACUAUCUCUUCGUGGCAGUAUGAGGAAUAGACAGAAGAGGUCAGUGUUGUUCUAUGUUUGGCUUUCGCUGAAGAUUCCAAGGCAAUGAGCAAUGUGUCUAAAACAGCAUUUUGAGGUCAGUGUCAGUUGUUCAAAAGGCAUAUAUAUGGUUUACUCACAUGCAUGACUGACACUUUAUGUGCUUUUUACAUUUUUUUUAUUCAUAAAACAUAAAUACUGGGCAUUGAUGUGCAUUCUUAGAUUUAGUGGGAAAACAACCUCAGAUGUGAGGUUAGUUAAUUUGCCUUUACUGCGCAAUUUCCCAUGCUUGAAUGAAUUCAAUUAGACUUUUGAAAGGGCAGGCCAUUUUAAUGUAACCCAGUCAAGAUAUUCUUCUAAAUUCAGAGCAUCUGGAAGAAAGACCACUGACACUCGUAAAAUUUAUAGUGAUUACAGUCUCGAUAUUUGAGCAAACCAAAGAACAACCCUUUCUCAUCCUGAUCGCGUUUGUGUCUAACAGUAUGUGUUCUAUAUUAAAUGACAAAACAAGAGCACAUUUGUAUGCGUUGGAUAUUGUGUCCUCUAGAGCUUUGCACUCCGGCACAGUGUAAUUCUCACCCAGGGGGUCAGAGGGGGGCCACGCCGCCAGAGUUUUCUUUGGCAUCUGUUGCAUGAACUUGUGAACAGGAAACACAAUAACGGCACAAAGCACACCAACAUCUCAAGUCUUUCAUGUGGCUGUUUUGAGCCAUUAUGUUAUUAGUGUAGGCUUAAAAAUUCCUUUCAUGUUCCCCUCCUUUUCUUUUUCAUACGAGUUGCACAUCUGUGAGAUGUUUGAAACCACACACUGGUAAAAUCUUGCAUUGCUUUCAGAGAUGUUUUUAAUUGUUAUAAUUGAUAACAAUAUGAGCUAAACAUUCACACAUUAACAAAACUUCGUUCUUGUAUUAAAAAAAGAAAUAUAUAUAUAUAUAUAUAUAU